AUGGCCAGGUCAGCACCCUGGCUGCACUGGAUGGGACGGGACCCGGGCAGCGGCUCCCGGGAGCUGAAGCGCUGGGCGGAAGAGGAGAAGGAGGAGGAGGAGAAAGAUUUUGCAGAGCACAUAGACGCGGGUGGAGUCAUUGGCCUGGAGGAGGGGCUUGUGGCCGUCUCUGGCCGGCCCCGGGAGUCCCGUUUCGUGGAGGCGCUCGGCCGGCAGGUCCUGGAUGCCCCCGCUCGUGUCAGGAGGUUCAGCUGUCGGGAGCAGCAGGAGUUUGGUCAGGAGGAACCGGGCGCAGAAUGGGAGAACGCCGGGAGUGCCGCACCGGGGGACGUUGAGGAUCCCGGUGACAGGACACCAGCAGAGCUGGCUUACUGGCAGCCACAGCAGGACGUGACUGAAGAGGAGGAAGAGGAGCAGGGCAGCUCAGGGGACGAGGAGAGGCUGGAGGGGACCUCGGGGGCCGAGAGCAACGGCGAGCUGUACCCAGAGCUCUCCUACGAGGGCCAGUGCGGCUCCGAGCGCAGCAGCAGCCCUGAGGCUCCGCACUACAGCCCGACCCUGUGCAGCCCCUACGAGAAAUCGCAGAGCUUCAGCACGGAUGGUGGGGAGACCUCGGAUGUGAGCUUGUACGCUGACCCGCCAAAGCCCAGCCACAGUGUCCACAUGGGGACCCUUGGGACCGGCUCCAAGGUCAUGGCCUUCAGCAUCCCACAGGCAAGAACAGCGGCCAUCAGCACUGCCCCUGCCCCAGCCCUGCAGCCCUUGCUGGAUGGAGAGCCAGCACAAGGACCAGUCAACCCGGGGACAUCACCUCGGCCCUGUUCUCCCCCUGUCCCUGGGAUGGGCUGCUCUGCAUGCUCAGGAGAGUGUGGGUGUCGGGGGCAGCACCCGUGCCCAGGCACCCAGCUCACACAGACGUUGGCAGGACAGACCCACAAGUUUCAAGCUCAGGUCGAGUCUUUCGAAGCCUGGGUCCAGGCAGGAAAGUCCACGCCGCAGGAGCAGCUCCAGAGGUUUAGGAAGCUGAAGGACACACAAGACGCACUGGAGCGAACAUAUCUGCAAGCCCGGGAGGAGAACCGCAGGCUCCAGCAGCACCCAGGUGCCGCGGGGGAGUUUGAUCCAGACCGCACAGUGGAAGGGGAGAUAUUCUGCCUGGGGAUGCGCCUGGAGGAGCUGAAGGAUCGGCUUGAGCGAGCGGCUUGUAGCCAGCGCUCCCCACCUUGGGGCUGCUAA